AUGAAAGUACAACUUAACGAAAUUGCUGAAGCGGCUGACUUGAUUGUCAACUACUAUGAACUUCAUUACCCAAUUUUCUUUCAGAAGUUCAUUUUAACUGUUGUUUCUGACAAUGGUAUUUACAAAAAACUGAGAAUGCCUUUAAAGCUACUGUUUGUGCAGGUAUCGUGUUCUCCCACGAAUACGACAUUGGCGAAGAUUUUGUCAGCUCUAUCCGCAGUCUUAUAGCCCCGCCAACUGAAACCGAAUGUGAUGAUGCUUUACUGGCUGGAGUAUCUCAAACUUUGGACAGUGCAACAUUUAAAAAAUAUCCGGUUAUUACGCAACUAUCAGAAAAAGUUAAAACUUCCACAAUAAUUUAGAACUCGCCAGUGUUUGUAUUUUCUGACGGAACCUCUAAUGACGACUUUACUACUGUUGGCUAUUUGAUGGAACAAAUUGUGAACACCCAUGCUCAAAUCUUUUUCAUGCUAACAGAUUCUGCAAGUGGCAGCUGCAAUGUGGAUGUCAGCUCAAACACUUUUGAUCAGUUAAGAUCCAUUUCUCGGCUGUCAAAGGGACUUUUGAUUCGAACUAGUCUUCUUCAACUGUCAAAUGCAACUUUCUCUGUUGCUCAAGACCUUUGGCAGUAUGACACAAUUCUCACAAAUGAUCUUGAAGACUGCAGAAAAGCUCCUCAAUUCCAGCCGUUCUUUGUAGACCAGUCCAUUGAUUUUCUUACUCUGCAAGCUACUGGAUGUGAGUGAUAUCACGUUUUUCUUUAACUACUUGAACGUAUUGUUCAGCUAACUUGGCCCCGGUGCUCACGUUGCCAAAUAACACACAGUUCUCGCCGCCACUUUUUUAUGCAAAUGGAGAUUUUUACGUAUGGAGGACUGAAAAACCACCAGUUGGAGCUUAUUUCGUGAGUUCAAACUGUAUGGUUGAGGACGAAAUGUAUAUUUUCAGUUGAACAUCAACACAAACACAUCUCAUAGCUCAGUUUGUCAAUAUCGUUUGAUGGGCAGAUCUACUUACCGUCUCUAUACUUCUGUUACUGACAACAUUGGCACUGAUGACGUCUAUCAUGCACCAGUUUAUCGUAUGAUUUCGACGUGACAUAAAAAACAGUUAUAAAUUUAGAAGCUACUUCUCACUUGGUAGCCAGAAUGGAUUCUUUGUACCUUGAUGAUCCAUUGGAUGCCACAAUUGAAGCUGUCAUUUGGUAUAACGGUAACAUAAAUUUCACUCAAAAGGACAGAAUUGAUCUACGGGAUUAAAUUUAUUUAGAUCCGCAGACUAGUGAACGGCAAGUUCUUUACGCUUCAUCUGGAGCGUGGCGAGAUAUGUGUCAAUAUGAGAUGUACUUUGGAAUGUUUGUCUGCCCGCAGCCAUAUCUCCCGCUUUAUAUAAAUGUAUUAAAAUGGGUCAGGGGUCCAGAAAUUAAACCAGUUUUAGGUGUAUACAAGUGAUGUUUAUGGACAAGUUGUUUUAAGAACCGCUACUUCCUACUGCUCUGCGGUAGCUCCAAAUCCAAUUGACAGCAACUGUUUGAACGGCGGUGUCUACUAUAACAACACAUGCCAGUGUCCCACGCAUUUUACUGGAAACAAAUGUCAACAAGUACGUGUGACGUGUAUCGAACAAAACAAAAAUAUCAUAUCUUCUUUAUUUUAGUUUUAGAAAACUGAAAAGUCUUUUACUUGAAGAGAGAGUCAUAUAUGUUUCUUAGAAAAAGGCGGAUAGUACCUGUUUGUCUAGUACUCCAUCUACCCAGUUGACAACCGUUUUUUUAUACUACCGCUGAAAACUUAACUAGACUGCCAAUAAAACUAAACAACCAGGUCAGAUAACUGCAUGACAGAAGGCUUAAAAAUUUGCGAACUCACGAAAAAAUGUUUUUUCUCUAGAUAUCUAUAUAAAAGUAUAAAGGUGUCUCUCAGUAUUUCAAAGUGAAGUAAAUAAAAGUAUAAUCGUCUUCUGAAACUCUACUGACUGUAUUUAUAAGAAGUUGAGCCGCAAUUUAAUUUAGAUUCUGUGUGAGAACGGAGGAAAUGCUUUGUUUGGAUUGUGCCAAUGCCCCGCUGGCUUUUCUGGACAGUUUUGCGAAGUUGCAAAGUGUUACGAGUACAAUGGUUAUGGCUUCUGGGGAUACAACCACAGAAGUUUAACGGUUAUGGUACAUGAUUCCCUAACCACAAGGUCCACGCUUCGAACGCUAAAUGACGCUGCACCACGUGUAAUUAAUGAUAUUCUGUAUCAGCAUCCUAAGUGGAUUUCCAACUAUCAAUUGGUUCGAUUCAAUGACACAGCUCACUCUUUAGUGGUCGACAGUGAGAGCGGACAAGAUUUAGUGACGGGAAUUUCAAGCCUUUACGAUCAAAAUAGAAAUCAAACUGGAUACACUUGUCUCGGCCUCAACUUUUAUGCCACUCUUCUGGAAACUAUUUCUCAUGACAAGUGAAUAGUAUUCUGUUUGUUUUGAGAACUUUGAUUCUAUUCAGUGUCCAAUGGGGAGGUAUAGUUUACGUCUUUCUGUACGGCCAGCCCACACAAGAUAUGGAUUCAUAUGAAAAAAUUCUCCAACGCAUCGAAGUGAACAAAAUUCAAAUCAACAUUGUCCAAUCAAGUCUCAACCCUUGUGGUCAGGAUAUCACUCUUGACGGCCUUAUUUCUCUCGCACAAUUCUCUGGAGGAGCUUUCAUUACUGCUACCACUCCAAAUGCAGGAAACGUUUUCAGUCAGAUUCCGACACAUUACAUGUCAAACUUGAUUUUUGAAAGCACAGUUGAAGACUGUACAGAUGCGAUUUUUUAUGUUCCAAUUGAUGAUGGCACACAAUCUUUCACUUCUUACACACAAGGAUUUUUGACUGCUGAUCCAACUUACACACCACCGACAGGUAAAGCUUAAAAACCCAUUACUAUGUAUACAAUAAACGGAUUCAGAUUCCCUUGCCACAGUAACCACUGUGUUUAAUGAUCUUGGAACAAACGCAAGAAUGGAUCAUAUUGCUCGAGUUUGUGAUGAUGGAUGGACUCCUGACGGCAGUCACUGCUUCAAAUUUGGGUUUGACAGGAAGACUUGGUACGAAGCUGUAGCCGAUUGUCACAAUGAACAGGCGGUGUUGACUGGAGUAUUCAAUCAAGGGGAACAGGAUGGAAUGAAUAGUUCGUUCGCAAUACUACUGAAAUUCAAAAGCAAUGAACGUUUCAGAAGCUUCCGAAGGAGCUCAAUUCUGGAUUGGUCUCAGUGAUGUUCUCACAAUGGGACAAUUCGAAUGGGAUACUAUUGAUGGGAAACUUAAUCUGACUCUUCAAGACACUCAGUACACAAACUGGAUGACUGGACAACCUGUGGUUACUUCGGAUAAAAGGUUAGAAUUUCUUCCAAGACUUGAAUGUUAUAUAGCACAUUGCAGGUGCGUAGUGGACUGGAACACAGGGCCUAAAGAAUCCAGAGGCUGGAUGACGGACGAUUGCACUAAAAAAUACCUGUACGUCUGUCAAAAGCAUGCUUGUAAGUUAAUUUUUUCAAUUUUUUUAAAGCUUCUAGCUACGUAUGUGACAAUCUUUUUACAGAUAGCACCGACUACACGGCAUCCGACCCUGAAAUCAGUAAGUUUUCACAAACAACUGCAUAUUGCACUAUAGGCGGGGCCAUAACGUGAAACUCACCGGCCCAGCAGGCUCCAAAAUUGUGUAAGAAACUGCAAAAUUUUGAAAUAACUAAAAAUGAAAGUUUCGGGCCUGAAAACAUAGAGUAACAAAAAAUGCAUUCUUUCAGAUCAUCUUGCACGUGGAAUUUGGAAAAUACGUGUGCAAGCAAGCGGACAGUGCAGUAUUGCGGUGAGAUCUCAGUCAACAGUUCAAAUUGCCACCCGUUUCACUACCAAUAUUCAUGAUGAUGUUGGAAGAGAAGAGCCUAACAAAAAUACAGGUAAAUACGAGGUACAUUCAACGCAUCAAAUUUUGCUCGGUUUCAGAGUCCAAUAGACUUAUUGUUUACGCAAAUGGCGUCACAAACCAAAAAGGAGUGGAGUAUGCUCAUUUUUACUAUGACAACUUUACCAUGCUACAAGCUCAAUCAUUGAGUUAUCGCGAUAAUUGCAUGUACAGAUUCAUUUCAACGCCAUUUGCGUGUCCAAACUUCUAUUAUCAAAUGUUGAUCACAGGUAAUAGUCAAUAAAUAAUGAACAUAAACAAUAAUCAAUUCAGGAGUUGAUGAUUCCGGAUACCUUUAUCAAAGAAUUAUGCCGGCUGCAUGCAUUGGAGGAGUUAGUGAGAAUUCCUGCACAAAUGGAGGUGUUUUUCACAAAGGAAACUGUAUUUGUCCUGCUAACUUCUACGGAGACUCAUGCGAAUACGCCUACUGCCAGAAUGGUGGGUUCCUAUCUGCCACACUUGACCAAUGCACUUGUCCUUCGAACUUUGGUGGAAAGUUUUGUGAAACUCGUAAGUUCGACAUAAAUUCAGCAUGUAUAUUUAUUUUAAAUUCAGCGAUUUGUGAUAGAAACCAGUUAGACGUUCCAGCAAUUGGAGACAAUGGUCGGACUUUUAUUGUUGUUCUCGAUGGAACUUCAAACGAUGCUAUGAAAACUGUGAAUGAAAACUUUGAGAAGACACUGAACGGUGUUUUGAGCGUCAUUCAGGUUACUUGCAAAUAAGAUGAAAUCAGAUAAAAAGAUUAUAGGAACAAGAUCCAUCGUGGUUUACUAGUUUUGUUGGAGUUAUAUUCCGAGAUGCAGAAUCUUUAAAGGCAAAUCCGUCUGUGCCAUCCACUUCCCAAGUCUUUACUUCCAAAAACUCUACGGAGUUCUCAUCGAUGUUAGCGGUGCGAUAUUGUUUUUGAAAUUUAUUCAGCCAAACAAUUGUUUCAUUUAGAAUGAAUUAAAGAACACUCCGUACACGGCCCAACAACAAAAACGUGAUGUAUUCACUGGAAUUGUGAAAGCAAUUACUAAUACGAAUGUAAUGCCAAACUCGAAAGUCUUCGUUAUCACUUCUGGAAAUGCGGAAGAUACUGUUGACCGUCAAACUGUCAUUUCCGCUCUUGCUCUUUCUCAUACUUCGAUAAACUUUUUGUUUAUUGGCGACACAAAGCCACCCGGAGAUGCGACCAGUUAUGAUGAUCCAACAGUAAACUCAAUGUUCGAAGCCGCCCAUAUCACCGGUGGAACAUCCUACCAGCUCACUUCUCCAGAUGAUCUUCAAAGCACUUGGACCUUAAUCUUGGCCAGUCUCCAUCAAUCAUACUACGUGGUUACUCAUCAGUUAAGGUAAAAACGUAAUGAACAAUUAAAAUGAUAGGUUCCACCGAGAUUUGAACUCGGGUCGCAGGAUUCAAAGUCCUGAGUGCUAACCGCUACACCAUGGAACCGCCACAAAUAUGCGCGAUGAUGCAGUAUUUAUAUUGAGAGGAAGAGAAAAAAGAAAAAAGGGACAUUGCCGCUUUGCUUCAGUCAACACCCUCUUCUCGUUUUUUUUUGCAUCGGGAGGUGGAUUCCGUGAACAACACUCUCUCAUCCUCCUCCACCCUCCAUCGGUUCUGUGAUGACUUUACACGAGAGAUACGAGAGAGAGAGAGAGAGAGCGGAAAAAAGGGUUUUAAUCGAGCGGUCUUUUUAGUACCGCAAAAAGGUGGCAAUCCCGCUCUGCUAGACUUGGCCAGUGGCCGAGGUUUUACGUUUUGAAAAAGUGGAAGACAAAACACAAAAAUUAUGACAUGGCCGAAGUUUUACACAGCGGCUAAGGCUAGACUCUAGCCGAGCGUAAUUUCCACCUUCUCGCGGGGCAAGUAUAAAAAUGUUUGAUUGGUAUUUCUAUUUUCCAAUAAUUUCAGUGACUGCUCCAACUAUCAAGAUUACAUCCAACUUGACGCAAAUGGAACUGAAGCUAUCAUUGACAUUUUUUCCCAGGUUGCUCCUGACAUAGCUGUGUACAACACUGAAAGUAAUAAUGGGCUUCAUGUAACUUUGUUCAAAAAUUAUGAUUUCAGACAAACAAGUAGACUCCUUCACUAUUGUCAAAUCCAAAACAAACACAGUUCGUGCUUUCAAGCAGUCUGGGGAGAAGCCAGGAGUAUGGACAAUUGAUGUUGACUAUGGAAUGACCAACUCUGGACCAUGCACUGUAGGACUAUAAGAGAUUAUUGGUUCAAUGCUUAUUGUAUUUAGUUGAACAUUCGAUCGAUGUCUCAAUUGGAAGUGAACCUUGGAUUCACACAAGACGUGGCAACCGACCAAGGGUACCAUGACGGAGGAGCUGUUCUAUUCCCAAGAGCAGGAGAUUUUGCCAACGCCAUUGUUGCUCAAAUAUCCGGGGGAGGAGUUCUCACAUACGCCCAAAUCUUCGAUCUUGCUGAGACAAGAGUUGCAUGGGCUAGCCCAUUGAUAAAACGUGAUGGAUGUGCUUAUCCUUACGUGUCGCAGAGCACAUUCCAAUGCUAUCGGAACCAAUUCGUAGUUGCUCUCGAUGGACUGGACUUCGAAGGACAUCCGUUCCGACGCACAUAUACAAUUCAUUGUGAUGGAGAAAUUCGCCCUCAGUGUAAUAAUAACCUAUUUUUAAAAAUUGCAUUGACGCUUUGCUUUUAAGCUACUUUCCAACCUUUUCCAACCACUGUCGAAGGCACUGCAGCAACUAUUACUUCGCUGGCACCAUGUGAUUCAUCAACUGCUAAGCUUGACAUCAUAAUCUCAUUUGAUUCUUCCGACAGUAUUACUGAAGAUAUGUAUUACGCGGUAAGUCUUUGUAGAUAACAAAGUUUAAAGGAAAUUCUAUAGAACCGUUUUCAAAUUAAUUUUUUUUGCAGACUAUCGCCUCUGUGAAAACUAUUGGCAACGCAAUUACGAUUGGAAAAGAUUACUCGCGCAUCCUCCUUGGAACUUAUGAUGCUAAAGCUCACUUCUCCGGCGAUCUGAACACAAUUGAUAGUUUUGACAGAUACCAAGAGGAAGUUGCUGAAUUGUUCAGUCUAGGUUACACUGGCGUCAAUGGCAAUAACAUUCAAUCGUGAGCUUUUUUUCGUGAAUAACACAUACAUAUAUGAAAAAUUCAGCGUUUUUGAUUUUAUCACAGCCGAAAACAAUACGGCACCACUACGCCCGUCGCCGGUAAGAAAAUUGUUGAUAUUGCUGAGUUCGCAAGGAUGGGACAAAGGAAAUGUGUCUGACGGAAAAGAAAAUGGAUUCCCUGACCCAACAACAUCAGCAAAGAGGUUGCAACAGGUUGUAUUAAUUGUCCUUAUCAUUUUAAUAACUAACUUUAGGCGCGUGUUGAAAUGUUUGCUAUUGGGCUUGGAGACACUGCGAACAUGACUCAACUGGCCGCUAUUGCCAAAUGUCAUCGUCAAGUAAGCAGCCAGGACGACCUCGCGAACACAGCCGCUUACAUCACUUCACUUCUUUGUGGUGAAACAGCUGUUUGUUAA